UGAGGCAUGAUUCAGGUCCCUUCUCAGUACCGUGAACUGAAAGUAAAAAUCACUACAGAUCAAGUGAAAUUACUUUACUUUUACAUUGAAAGCAGAUAAAGUUCAUUAUAAGAAUGUUUAUAUCAACGGGGGACGAUGUUCCUUCUUUCAAAGGCUUUACUUUGAUUAUGCCUGCAGUAUCUGUUGGAAAUGUGGGGCAGCUCGCAGCGGAUCUCAUCAUCUCAACACUGAACAUGCCCAGAGUGGGAUACUUCCACACAGACUGUCUCAUUCCUAUGGCUGGCAAUAACCCUUAUGCUACAUCUACUGAAGAUGCAUUCCAACUUAGUACCAACGCAGAUGUAUACUCCCACAGUGACUUAAAACUGGUUGUACUGCAGAUACGGGCACCUAUCAUCCAGACAAGGGUGAGAUCAUUCAGAAAGUUGCUUGUUUCCUGGAUGAAGAGUUGUGGAUUCCUCAGAACUGUGCUUCUGUCCAGCAGUCAUGCUUAUCAGAGAGAUGACCAACAACUUUUUGGCAUUUCUGUGCGGUACCUGUUGACGCCGUCUCUUCAUAAGGUGGAAGGCAAGAGAGUAGAAGAACUGGGCUGGAGGGAGAUGGAGAGAAUAAGUGUGUUCCCCGACAUAUCAGACUCAGAGCAGCGACUCUAUAUUCCUGGAGGAGGAAUCACCAAAGCCCUUUACACAGACUGCUGUGCAGAAGACAUCUCUAUGGCUGUCGUGCUGAUCUUCUGUUCAGAAGGGGACAACAUUCCUGAUGCUUAUACCCUUAUUAACAAAGUCAAUGACUGGCUACAUCUGCUAGAAAAACCUACACAGGGCUCUGUGCAGUGGAGGGUUCCUCCCUCAUGGAGUCUGCUGUUCGGCAGUGGUAUCCCACCUCUUCUCUUCUGAAGCAUCAGUGCAGGCUCUCAGAUGUGUGUGUUUUUUUUAAAUGGCCACUUUAAACAGAGUAAACAAUGUGGACUGAUGUACAACCAUCCCACUCAAAAUGCGUAUUUUGCUUGUACAUAAGUAAAUUGUUUUUUGCAAAGUCAA